CAUGCAUUUAUUACUGUCUUUAAUUCUCUGACUCUUGUGUUUUGAAUGACCGACGGCUUACUGAGGUUCACAGAUUUAAGGGCUCUGACACGUCGCCAGCCGCCCGCUUUAUCCAGAUUUCUUUAAGUAUCCUUAUCAUAGUAAAUUUCCCUUCUCUACGCAAGGCGUUUGACAAUGCUAUCAGUGUUUUUCUCUUUAUUGAGAUAGACGCUGGAGGACAGAAGAUGUCAGGAGAUCUCGUAGCCGUGUGGGAUGUGGCUUUGAGCGAUGGAGUGCACAGGAUUGAAUUUGAACACGGCACAACCACAGGGAAACGGGUCAUUUACAUCGAUGGAAAGGAAGUUACAAGGAAAGACUGGAUGUUCAAACUGGUUGGAAAAGAGACUUUUUAUGUGGGUGGUACAAACACAAAGGCCACUAUUAACAUAGAUGCAGUGAGCGGCUUUGCAUAUGAAUACACUCUUGAGAUUAACGGACAGAGUCUGAAGAAGUACAUGGAAAAUCGCUCCAAAGUUACCAGCACAUGGCUCCUCAACCUUGAUGGCAUCGACUGCAGAGUGGUUCUGGAGAAAGAUACCAUGGAUAUAUGGUGCAAUGGACAGAAAAUGGAAACAGCUGGUGAGUUUGUUGAUGACGGCACAGAGACGCACUUCACUUUGGGCGACCACGACUGCUGCAUCAAGGCUGUGAGCAGUGGCAAGAGACGAGAUGGCAUCAUUCACACGCUGCUUGUGGAUGGCAUGGAAAUUUCAGAGUCAGAGUGAUCUCUGUGAAUGAAUGUGUGAGUGUUUCUAUUAUCCGUCCUCACGAGAAGAGUGUAUAUACGGAUGCUGGGACAUCAUGUUCUCAAGUAUGACCACCGAUCAGCAUGCGCUGGUUCAGUAAUGGACCGUUUUAAGUCAAAAGAGACAAAUACAGUGUACUUUUAUUGCUACAUACCUCACGUAACAUCAGCGUUUUUUUUUAGUUUCUCAAUUUCGUGUCAGUUUGGUUUUUAUCAUCAGUGAAGUUAUCUGUGACCACGGAAAGAUGUGAGGAUCCCUGGACCUUUACUGGGUGGUUUGGUAUGACGGGCAUGUCAGAUUUAGACAAUAUUUUUAUUCUUUGUGAGGUAGCAUCACGGUCUAGUGGUCUAAAUGUGAAUUAAGUGUGAACGUACUUGUUUAAAGUAUUUGGUCUAGAAUCUGACCAGCCUCUGACUCAUAUUUAGGGUCAGACUACAGCAAUAACAUUCAAUAGGAUGUAUAAUAUUUUUCCAAUUCAAUACUUUUAUUUGACUUUGCGUUUUUGAGACACUGGCUCAAGGCCUCGGGACAAGCAAAAUUGCUCAUUCCUGCCAUUCAAGCUUCAUGUGUCUGGUGAAUUCAAGAUGACAUGACAGACUCCUGUUGAGAUUGAAAUGAAAAAUGAUCAGAAUCUAAAUAUGAAUUAAGCUAUUUCUUUUUGUCAAGUUUUAGUCACUUUUCCUAUUUGGAAUAAAAAAUGGUUUUGUAUUUAAAUGCUCUACAGUGCCCUACGUAAGUAUUGAGACGGUAAAGACAUUAUAAGAUGAAUUUGAGACAAAACUACAGACUUGCAUGCUUGCAUGCAAACUUCUGACUAGAACCAAAAAUAGAAAGGCAAGAUUACAGUUUGCCAAAUAGCACAAAGGUCAGUCAGUACAGUUUUGGAAGUGAGAUUUAUGGACCGAGAUUAAACUUUAUCUAACUUAUGGAAGAAAAAAAAAAAAGAAAAUUCAAAUGAUCCUAAGCAUACAGCCUUAUGUGUAAAAGUUGGCGGAGGCGGUGUUAUGGUAUGAGCAUGCACAGCUGUCUCUGGUAAGGCCCUCUCAAUUUUAGUGAGGACCUGGGGUACAAAACUAUCUUGGCUACCAAUAUUCAAAGAACCAGACUCAUCAGAAAGUGCUUCGUAGCGCAUCAGGACAAUGACCUAUAGCACCCUGCCAGGGAAGGAAAGAAUUGAAAAUUCUUAAGAUUGCUCAAAUUAAUAUCCAGAUUUAAAUCCAUUUGAACAUGAAUUUCACCAACUGAAGGGGAGACUAAAACAGAGCAAGAGUCCGGUGAUGUCUAUGAUUGCUUGCAAGGGAUCUGCAACUAAUCUUUUACUUCUGCCUUGAGUUUAACUGUCCCAUGCUCACAUCAAAUAGUGGGACGACCUCUAAAAGUGCUGUCCUUUUAUAUUUGGUAAAACAUGUAUGUGUUGAUUCUGUUAUUUUAUCUAAUAUUUAUUAGUAAUUAAUUUAUUAUAUUUGCAGAUGUCUUGACUACACAGCAAACAAAGAACUUUCAUUAUUGUCCCAGUUUUUAUGGAGGGCACUAUAUAUAUAUAUAUAUAUAUAUA